CUUCAGCUGCGCGAAGGUCCCAGCGAUGCUGCCGCUCAAUUGAUGCUUGCUGAAGAGUCCCGACGCUCUGUCUGUGUGUGUUUGUGUGUGUGUGUGUGUGUGAGAGAGAGAAAGAGCUUUGGCCCCGAUACGAUGAAGACUCGAUCUGCGAGUGGAAACGAGGGGAAAUGAAGAUGAAGAUAAAAGUGUACCAGGGGGUUAGCGGCAUCAUCAUCGUCACCAUGGUUACCAGCUUUAUGUUGGUGUACAACAGCAGCUCUGGUGCCAGAUCAUCUUCCUCAUCAGCAUCAUUAGCAUCAUCCUCAUCUUCCUCCCAACGUUCAUAUGGACCUGCUCCUUCCACAAAAAAGCCAGAGAGACCUCAGAGACUCCCGGCGUCAACACUUGAGGGGUACACAGGUGUCAUGGAUCAUAAGUCUCUGAAGAUGCGCUGCAAGACUUGCGCCCUAGUGACCAGCUCCGGCCAGCUGACUGGGAGCAAAAGGGGUGAAGAAAUCGAUCACUCUGAGUGCGUCAUCCGUAUGAACGAUGCUCCUAACAUAGGCUAUCAGCGGGACGUUGGCUGGCGCACUAGUCUGCGUGUCAUAGCUCACUCCAGCCUGCAGAGGGUGCUGCGGAGCCGGCAGGAGCUGCUCAACGUGAGCCAAGACACAGUGUUUAUCUUCUGGGGACCAAGCAGCUGCAUGAGAAGGGAUGGAAAAGGCCAUGUUUACAACAACCUCAGGCUGUUAAACCAGCUGCUGCCCAAACUGAAAGUCUACAUUAUUUCUCGGAUCAAGAUGCUCAAGUUUGAUGAACUAUUUAAAAAGGAAACAGGGAUCGACAGGAAGAGUUCCAACUCCUGGUUGAGUACCGGCUGGUUCACCAUGGCCAUAGCCCUGGAGCUGUGUGACAGGCUCAACGUGUAUGGCAUGGUGCCACCUGACUUCUGCAGGUCCUCCUCCCAUCCCUCAGUGCCGUAUCAUUACUACGAACCCUUGGGGCCCGACGAGUGCUCCAUGUACCUCUCCCACGAGAGGAGUCGACGUGGAAGCCACCACCGCUUCAUCACAGAGAAGACAGUAUUUGCAAAGUGGGCUCGAACCCUCGACAUUCACUUUUACCAGCCAGACUGGAAGCCUGCCGCUGCAGUUGCCAGCGCGAACAGCUCGUACGCUCCAGCUACAGCUGGAUCCUGAGACUCACUCCAGAGAUGAUCCCCAGAAGUGUUGGAUGUGUGUGUGGACAGUUGCCAGCGUGCAGAUUCUCUCUCUGACCAAUGUGAACACAUGAGACAGCAAUAGGACAGAGCAGGCCUGCUGCUGUGGGCUGUUAGCUGACUGCCUAAGCAGCUUGGCAGAAUGGGAUCAUUGCAUAAUAGCAGCACAAAGCCUCAACAAUGUUUUGGAAGUGUAACUAUAAUAGGAUGAAUUUCAUACUGGAAUCAAAGCCAUGGGGGUUGGCUCAAGUGUGUUUUUUAACUCUGUGUAGAGCUGCUUUAAUAACACUAGAGCUGUCAGAGAGGGGACAGACGAUGAGACAGUACACUGCUGCAUUAACUGGAGUAUGACUGAUCCAUUUUCAUACAUUAAAGCUGAACACAGAUUCAUUGAGGACACUGAGGUCAUGUUCUCAGCAUUGUUUGUGGGAUUGUGGGGUUUUAAUGACCUGAGAAGGAAUUUAUAUUCUGCAUUUACACACAAUUCAUACACUCUGUUUUUCAAACCUAAUUGUGAUAUUUUUAGAGUCACUAUCUUUCAUUUUUUCAACUCUUAAUUUAUUUAAUUUAUCCCUUUUCAGUGAGGCAGUAUGAAUAAUAAGACAACCACAGCAUACAGUCUUGUCAUACAUGUCGGCAACAGAGCUUUCGUACUGCAGUAAGCCAAUUAUACACGUGUACGAAUGUGUUGUAAUAAAUUCAAGAAUUAAAAUAUUAAACUAAUGUA